UUUAAUUAGUUGGUAUAUGUAAUGAAUAAUGAGUGACAACAAAAUUAAUAUAUAUUGGUAAAAGAAAACAGAAAUACUGGGGAAUCUUUUUUACCCACCAAAAGUCACUGCCAUGCGCGGUGCCACGUGUAACAAUCUAGGUAAACCAGAAGCGCCAUGUCACGCGCUCGCGGCGCCGGUGGGGGCCACCCCCGAUUGUCGCUUGUCUGGCGUCUCCAUAAAUACGACCCUCCUCCAGGGGCAAAUACGUAACUUCACAUGUCAGAAGUUUCAGUUCAUAACAGACAGCUCUUGCCGAGAAAACAAAAAUUAAAAAAUACAAAAAAACAAAACAAACGAAGAAACUCUUCGGUCCGAAAAACCUCAAACCAAAGGAAUCGGAGUAAUGGACGCCGACGAGAAAUUGACUGCGUUGAAGAAGGCAUAUGCUGAUGUAAUACUGAGCACAUCUAAGGAGGCGGCGGCGAGGGUUCUGUCGUCGGAGAGAAAGUCGGCGAGGUGGCAGCACGAGCUGGCGGCGGCGAAAGAGGAUGGGGUGCGAAUGCUGAUGCGCCUCAAGAAAAUGAUGGAUUCUCAGAUGAGUGAAGCGGAAGCAGCAUCACUAGCUAAGCAGAAGAAGAUUGAAGAGCUCGAAGCCCAGCUUGAGGAAGCCGAAGAUAUCGUAAGUGAUCUCAGACAAGAGUUGGGACAAGCACAUGCUGAGCUGGACAGGGUAAAGAACGAGAAUCUGCGCCGAGCGAACGAGAGAAUAUUCCUCCCACCAAACGGAUCUUCUGAUGUGUACGUAGAUAAUCGAUAUUUGCCCAAUAUAAUAUCGAGAGGCAAAGAUAGAAACGGAUUUACGCAUAGAAUCCGUGCUUGCGAAAGGAAGGUUUUAGAAGCUGACGUGGCGAAAGAUGCCUCGAAAGCACCACCGGCGGCCGAUAUGAAGAUCGGAAGGUUCCAAUCUUUUGUCAUUAAAAGGAAGAGAGCUGCUCGAAGGAGAAGGACUAUUGUGCCCUCGAUAGCUAUUUUGACCGAGGGCAAUUCUCCUUCCGACGAGAAUCCUUUAAAGGACGAAGCGUCGAUCGAAAAAACGAUGCCCUUAGAGAUUUCCAACGAAGCUUCGGAAAGUUUGUGCUCGCCAGAUUAUAAAAUGGAGUCGAUCAAAGAGAUUUGCGACGAACCGCCACGAGGAAGAGCUUUCAAAUACACGUUUCAAAGGAAGAGGAAGAGGCAAGCUUUGAGUGAAAUCGAAGCAAAGGGCUCUCUUGAGGAGGAGGAAGAGAAAACGGGAGACGGGAAAAACGGUGAUCAGAAUUUGGAGCAAUCGAAUCCGAGCUUGUUGACGGAGUCUUCACGAGAGAGUAGGCGCUUGGCACAAGUUGCUCGACAGCUUAUAUCUUUGUCGGAGAAGAAGUGGUGGCAUUGAAUUGGGGAUUCUCGUAUUCGAGAUUUAGAGAAUGGUGACCUGGAGAAAAAGAAAAUGUCUGCUAUUUCAGCUGUGAGAGAAGGUGGUAGAUUUAGUUUUUUUUUUUUUUUUUUUUUUUUUUUUUUUUUUUUUUUGGGAGUAAAAGAGAAGGUGUUAGUUACUUGGUAAAUAACUAAAUAUAACUGUAAUUUAAUCAAAGUACAGCAGAUUAUUUUUGCUGAUUAAUCUUAAAAAAAUUCAUCCAGUUAUCGGUAUUUA